AUGCCCGCCUACCGAAUAUUCGGCCGCGCCGACUCUUGUGACGCCAACCAAGUCACAUGUCCAACCAUUCUACCAAGCAACUUCUGCUGCGCUGAAAACACCACAUGCAAGGCCCUCGCGGGCGGUACUACUGCCGUGUGCUGCCCCGAGGGUAGCGACUGUACCUUGAUCCAGCCCAUCACUUGCAAUCUCAGCGAGCAGAACGUCACAAUCCGACCGAAUGCCUCCAUCAAGACGACCGUCUUUAAUGUUGAGCUCGAGAAGUGCGGCGAUAGCACCUGCUGCCCUUUUGGUUACACUUGCAACAACGACAAGGAGUGUAUAAUGGAUGAUGACCAGACGGCACCUCCCAGUGGUUCAGAGACCAGUGCAACCAGCACUGCUGGGCCCAGCGCGACGUCAACUUCAGAUCCUUCCUCGGAGCCUUCCUCGAACCCUUCCUCAACCGUGACUGCUUCCACAACAGAGGCACCGUCAUCUACUGCUGUACCCAACAAGUCCGCCGACUCGGAAGGUGACUCCAAGUCCAACAACUCGGGCCCUGCUACCACGUCUAUCAUUGGUGGUGUUUUCGGCGGCUGCCUUCUGCUGCUCGUCGUCGCCAUAGUUGUAUUCCUCUGUAUCCGUCGCCGGAACAAGGGCGAUGGUAGCAAAUCCGAGAAGAGCGCCCAUCCUUUUAGCCACAGACGCGGCUCUAGCAGCACAGCCUCAUUUGGAGACAUGAUCUCGGAGCCCAUCACUCAACCCAACUCAUACCGUACCGACUUCAUCCUCAAGUCUUCUAGCUCUUCUACCGCCGGCUCCAGAACUCUCGUGAGCAGCCCCCUCGCGACCCGCAUCAGUCCUACGCCGCCUCGAAUCCGCAUCUCCAUUCCUAACCCCUUCGACUCGCCUAACCCGUCCCCCCACAACCACUCUGCGCAACUAAGUCCGUAUGACGAAGAACAGCCCCGCCAUGGCAACGUGCGCUUGCUACCCAUCCGCUCUAUGAAAGCCUCGUCCUACUACAGUCGCCGGCCAAGCACCCCCGAACUGCAGCGAGAGCCCAGCAGCGAGAGCAUCAACGUAUUUGCGGACCCAGGUACCGUCAAGCCCCGUCGGCUGACGCGAGCCACAACGUUUACUGAUCUGAUGGAUGAGGCUGACCUGGGUGAAGUGCGACGCGGGCGACCGUACGUGCCCGGGACGACGCCGAGGAUCUGA